AUGGAUUGGUCACGGCAAGGCGACGCCGAUGGAGGCGAUACGUCGCAUGCGCCACCAAUGCGAAAACGAUCUACAUUUGUGGGUAAAAAUACACUACUAUCUAAAGCCUUGGGGACUCUGGCGUCCGGAGCUGCCAGAUCUCAUGGGAUGGGAAUGAAUUCCAAACGGCGUAAGAUGCCGCUGAUGUUCAUUCCACCGAGCACAAACUCGCCAUUGUUUGUGUACAACAACAAUGAGGACCAGCGGAGCUUCUUGUCUCUAGGCUCAAGAAUAGGCAGUGAAAGCCAAAGCGUCAUUGACGACAAUGAGAGCGUUAGCACCUCGAGAUCUUUGCCUUCAACAUUAUCAGGAUCUGUAGAGCCAGAUGAAAUGACGUGGCUCAUUGAGGAGCAAGAAAGACGCUACUCAAGGGAACAAUUUGACUUUGGUAGAAGACGAGGGAGUCAGGAGACUCAGGACAUGAUCGAUGCUCUGGAUAGAAGGCGAAGAGUAUCCAGUUUGAGCAGUAGCCAUAUGGACAAAUCCAGGGGUCGACUUGGCUCAUUUGUUGGUGAUGAUGAUGAAGACUUUGCGAACGAGGUAACCACGUUACGGUCAGAGUCUACCACAUUGCUGAAGUACUGCGUUCCCUUGAUCAUAACGUUCUUCCUGGAGCAAGCGUUCUCGGUGGUUUGUGUGAUGACUGUGGGCCACUUGGGGGCCAAAGAACUUGCCGCUGUAUCUCUGGCUUCGAUGACUUCAACCAUUGUACUAGCUAUUUUUGAAGGUAUCUCAACUGCCUUAGAUACGCUGUGUCCCCAGGCUUAUGGGGCUGGCAAUUACUAUGCUGUUGGGAUCCAUUGCCAAAGAUGCACGCUGUUUUCUCUGGUUUUAUUUAUCCCAGCUGCCACGUUCUGGUAUUUUAGUGGUUAUGUUCUCCAAUACCUGAUAGAAGACAAGGAGGUGAUUCGGCUGACGCAGUUGUUCCUGCGUAUCCUCAUUAUUGCAGGGCCACCUUAUAUCUGUUUCGAAAACGGGAAAAGGUAUCUACAAGCUCAGGGAAUAUUUGAUGCCGGAACAAUCAUUCUUUUCAUCACUGCGCCUUUGAAUGUCGUCCUGAACUACUUGCUCGUAUGGAAUGAAACAAUUGGAUUGGGAUACAUAGGAGCACCAAUUGCUUCAUGCAUUAACUUCUGGCUCAUGGCCAUUUUACUUUGGCUAUAUGUCAUUUUUGUGGACGGGGAAGAGUGCUGGGGUGGUCUGUCAAAGCAGGCACUAUAUCAUUGGAUCGACCUCUCGAAACUGGCCAUUCCUGGUGUCAUCAUGCUCGAGGCCGAGUCGUUAGCUUACGAGAUUCUCACACUAUUUGCAUCAUAUCUCGGAACAGUUGCCUUGGCAUCUCAAAGCGCAGUCUCGUCGGUUGUGAGUUUAGUGUAUAUGAUACCGUUUGCAGUGAGUAUUGCCUCAUCUACUAGACUAGCCAAUUUCGUUGGUUCAGGAAACGUCAACUCAGCCAAGCUGGCUGCUCGGGUUGGAUUGUAUGCGUCGUUCAUUUCCGCGUGCUUGAAUUGCCUUGUGCUAUUUCUCGGAGGUCCUCUCAUUGCACGUAUGUUCACUUCCGAUGAGGAAGUCAUCACUCAGAUCGAAAAGUUGUGCCCUUUGGUGGCCCUUUUCGAGAUUUUUGAUGGUAUGGCCACUGCUGCCAGUGGACUUCUACGUGCACUCGGACUGCAAGGAAUAGGUGGGGUAGUGAAUCUUGUCGGAUAUUAUGUGAUUGCGGUGCCUCUGGCAUUGGUUUUCACUUUCAAAACUGGUCUGGGCAUCUAUGGUCUUUGGGUAGGCAAUGGUAUUGGACUAUUGUUCAUUGGGAUCACCGAAAUGUAUUACUUUUAUACCGCGGAUUGGGAAGAGGUGCUUGAAUCCGCGAGGAAACGCAACGACUAUGAGGCUGUUUGA